AUGUCCUCGGUAACCGAUGAUGACACCGAUCAUUGGUUAGAUCUAGAUACCAAUUACUCCGUCCCAUCUCAAACGCUCGAGGAAAUAUUGGCCGAAGUGAGUUAUCUCUAAUUGAGCAGGCUGACUGAAGUACAGAUCACAAGGAAAUACUUGUGUAUUAUAGGGUGAUGAUUUAAUAGACGAUGACUUCCUUCUGCCCGACGAGGAUGACUCUUUUGGUCUCAACAAACAUGGACCGAUAUAUCCUGUGACCUACACACUGGACACCCCCUUGAUUCUUACGAAGGAAGGUAAAUUAAUUCUGUAGUAAACCAAUAAUAUUCGAUUAUAAAGGAUAAUAAUUGCCAUUCAGAUGCGAUCAGUCAUCAAUUGAACAUGGUGAGGGAUAAUCCCAACGGCGGAAGGCCAACGGUAAUCGCUAUGUGCGAGCAAUAUGUGGCCAUUGGAACCAUGAAAGGAAUGGCAAUUGUAUUUGACAAAAACGACGGCAGACUGAUAAGAUUUAUGAGUAACAAUCAGAAUGCACCCGUUUCUGCAAUGGGAUUUAGUGCAGACGGCUCUAAACUAGGUGUCGGAUACAGUAAUGGCGCCCUUAUAAUAUUCAGAACAAGCAAUGGGAAGAUGAAACUGUUCAAUGAAUCCGUUGUGCAGCCUGACCAUGGGAUUAUACAGGUCGAAUACUUGAAUCGGUAUGGACAGAUAGGUGUCCACUAACUAAGCGUUAAUUCCAGGUAUAGUAUGCUAGUCAUAGACAACGGCGGUUCUGUUUUCGAAAUCCGGGAAGGGCGCAAGGGACCCCCGAGAUGCAUUUUCACAGGAUGCAAAGGCGAGGUACAAAAGAAUCCUAGUACAUAUUAUGUAUUAUUUUACAUUUUCAGUGUGACUGAUAACUUCGUUUCCGAUUAUAGGCAGUCCAGUUGCGGGUGUUGCCACAAGAAGGACUCCUCUUGCUCACUACACUUAAACAAAUUCUGAUAUUCAAUCAGAGGACCGGUAGAAUCCUUUCUCAACUACGGCUUCCUAACAAUCCACAAUGUCCUCCUCUCCUCGAUUUCAACAUUCAGACGCAAUUAGUCUCGCAGAAAACUUAUAUUCAUGACGUAAGAUUAGCAACAGCUCGAGGGAACGAGAUUCGAAUAUACACCAUGAACUCGGAGGGACGAACGAUCACCUUUCCCCUGAGCAAGGUCAUUAAACUGGACUCACAUUUGGUUAUCUGCAACCUGUUCUGGAUGGAGAAUGACAGAAUUGCAGUGUCCAAUUCCAAUGAGACGAUGUAUUUGGUCGAUGUUCAUAAUGGGAACGUUCUUGUUACGAUAGGGCUGGAACGUGUCAAAUUAGUCUAUAACCUAGCCGAAUUCAAGGUGAGCAAUCCCUUUUCGGACACAAUCGUGCUCAAAAGAAAAAAAUUACACAUUUUCUAGUCCAAAAUUAAUGUCAUCAAUGACACAUUUUCUGAAUGUUUCGAUUUUUUUCUUUCGGAAGAUUUUAGCUCCCAGACGUGAUUUCAGGGGUUGUAUACGGGUGGCAACGUGAGUGAAGCCUUUCAAUUUCUGGCCCCUAACGUCUGUUACCAAUCUGCCAAGAGAUUCAAUAAGGACGUUUAUUUUCUUGGAACCAACGGUCUAUUUAGAUGCAACUUAAUGACGGAGAAACAGCAACUCAAUCAUUUUUUGUCCAGGUAAGUGUAGUUUUUUGUGGUUCUGCCACUUUUAAGACUGAUAAUUAUAUUACUGUAGAAGUGACGUUGUUUCUGCGAUACUUUACGCAAUGGAUAUCAGUAAAAAAUUAUGCAAUGCUAAGGUUCUGAAUUUGAAUGUUUUCCAAUUUAUGGAGGAUAGGAUCCCAGAUCUUCUGCUGAGACUGCUCGACAUGGCCAUGGAUGGACUCGAAAGUGGUCGGGUAUCUGAAUUGGUCGAACAUUAUAAGGUAAUGUUUCUAAAACAAUUUAUUAAAAUUUCAGAAGCAUCUUGGAGUGCUGAUAAGGGUGUGUGUUGAGAAGAGGUACUUCGAUCUUCUCUAUGAUACCAUCUACCCUAGGAUUGAGAAAGACGGCAUGGCUAAAGCCAUCUUCCUCGAAAUCCUGGAAGAAUUUGCAGUGGAGGGAAGAUUGGAAUACCCUCCGCCCAGCCUAGUCCAUGAUCUGCUCUCAUAUCUUGCCAACGAAGGGCAAUUUUCUGUCUUUGAAAACGCAGUCAGCCAUAUUCCAGUUGAAUGCCUCGAUCUCCAUCAAGUUAUCACAACAUGCCGGGCCAAUAAGCUCUUCGAUGGUAUAAUAUAUGUCAUGAACAACGCUUUGGUUGAUUACAUUGGGCCUCUUGAAGUAAGCGGUGUUCAACUUAAUUUUUACUUGCAGGAAAUGUGUUGUAAUUUAUCUGAAUUUGUGCCGAAAACAGUAUUCUCGGACUUUGAGAUUGCACAAGGUAACAAGCUCUUCCUCUACCUCAGUGCCUGUCUGGCUGGGCGUUCAUAUCCAGUUGGGGAUUUGAUUCCUGAAAGAGCGGAAGUCGUUUCUCUGGAAGUUUACAAAUUCAUGAUCGCCAUCAGUUAUCCGAAGGUGUCCCAAUUGACGAAGGUUGAACGUUAUCCCAUACUGAACCUACUCCUCAGCUUCGAUGCUCACCAAUUUCUGAACGUGAUCUCUACUUGUGCUGAUGCUCCGAUAUUUUCUGAUUCCGAUGGUCGUUUGAAACGGCUGGUGGAUAUCCUGGCCGGAAUCACGGAAGAGAAUCCUGAGUACUUAUUUCUCUUGCUGCCUUUCUUGACACAUUUACUUGAAACGAAUGCUGUCGGUCAAGAUCCUCAUACUUAUGAGAAGUUAAUUCUGAGGGUAAUUGAGAGGCUGAACUUGAUGGAAAGACCCGCUUCUUAUGUUCAACAACAAGUGGUCGAUUUAAUGAUGGUGUCAGGUCAGAUUCCAGAAGACAAUAUUUUGGUGAAAGCCAAAGAGAAACCACUGUAAGCGUCAUUAGUAAUCAAUACAAGAAUUUUCAGGAUCAGCAUCUGCGCUUACAUUUACAUCAAGAGAAAAGAGUAUGUCAAUCUGCUAUUGGUGUGUUUGGACGACAAAUAUUAUCCUGAAGGGACUUUUGAGAUUAUAAAUAAUCUUUUGGAUGGCGUGGAGAAUGAAGAUCGGACUGUGUUGAGAGAGUUUGUCGUAUCUUCAUUGAACGUAAGAAUAUAACUGAGUUUCAUGUUUUGUUUAGCGCUUAAAUUCGAUUGAUUCAUGGAAAACAGCGAAAUUGUUUUUGGAAAAUUUCCCAGAAUUUAUGAUGUUCAGCCAGAAAUUGCCUCUUGACUUUCUUUCCAACUGUUUUAAGUUACGGUAGGUGAAGUUAGGUUUUACUUAUUCUUCAGUCGAGAUUAUGGUUUCAAGUCGAUAAGCGAAGAGGAUGAAGUGGAUGAGAGCUUGUUUCGGUCACUUUUCAAAGGUAUAAUUGAUGAUAGGACGUCGUCGAAUGUUAGUAGUGAGGUCCUGGAUCAAGAAUUAAGUGAUCUUCUUCGUUACUGGCUCCCAUUGGGCUCGAGGGAUGAUGUGUGUCUCAAUAUGGCGACCUCAAAUGGCCUCACAGAUUCGAUGGUGAUAUUGUUAGUGGCUAGAGGACACUUUGAAAGAGCUUUUAACGCGUUAUUCGAGAAAUUACAGCAGUCAUCAAUUUGCAACAGUUUGUUUAGUAGGUCACAUAUUCGCCUGGCUUAAUUUUUUUAUAGCCAAACGAAUGGAGAUGAUCAUGGGGAUUUGUAGUCAGAGCAUGGAUCUCGCAAAGGCUAAAUCCUGGUGGAUAAAACUAUUCAACUUUGUCUUGUCGGUAAACAAUGGAAGUGGUAAGUCUUCACAAUCGAAACAAAACGUUUUUAGAAUCUCUGGAUGAAUACUUGACAGAACUGCUGACUCUAAUCGUUGAAACUUGCGGAGACCAAGCAGUCCAGGUGGUGGACUCUCUUUUCUCGCAUCCCCAGUUCUCUUCGGCCUCUGUCUCUGGAUUCCAAGGUCUUAUUACGUAAGAGGAAAACGAAUUUCGGAUUUUUUCGAAUUUUUUUAGGAAAAUUCUUUUUUCCUGCCAAAUCGACCGUCAAAUUCUUGUUCAAACACGGAAAUGCAUCGAAUACGAGACAGUUGACCUGCUGACUGAGCUGACAUCAGCCAGCCGAAAACUUCAUGGCGUCAUCAACUCGGACAUGUGUGUUUGUUGUAAUGGAGAUAUAAUACAGUCCUUCAUUAUCUUCGAGUAGGUUUAGUCUUCCUGUUAAGGACUUAAAAUUCCAUUAUUUUUUUGCACGAUUUGUGUGCUUCUUGUGUUUGACCAUGUUUUUACGUAAUGUUUUUGUCAGAUGCGGCCACCUAGCUCAUUUGGAAUGUGUUGACGCGUACAAACGAAGAUGCCCUUGCACGCAAACCAGAAGUAAAUUUAUUCGUCCGAUUGAGAGGAACUUUGCCCGAUGCCUUCAAGAUUCUAUGGGACCCGCCAUGUUUAGUCAGGAGAAUCUCGAGUUGCGGUCAAGACCUGAACCAAUGGACCCUUUUUGA